AAAAACUUCCAUUGGUGCCAAAAAAUUUUCUCCUACUCUGUUCCUCUUCGUCGCCGCCGGUGGUCGGAGGUGCGGCGGCAUUUAUCACCCCAAAAUGGAGACGCCACAACCGCCUAAAGCUGGACAGAGUCAGCGGCACACACCAUUAACUAUUUAUAUCACCAGCUACAAAAUUAAAUUCCUUCUCAUUAUAAAAUGAUGGUCUUCUUUCUCUCUCCGACUUAUCUCCCCACUAUAAAUAAUCCCAUCGGGAUCGGAUCGAAAGUGACGAAGGCGAUUCCGAUCCGAUAUCUCGGGGUUGAAGAUCGUGGUUGCCUCGUUGAGAGCGAACAGGAUGGUUCGGGGUACUCUCGAGGUUCUUCUUGUGGGGGCCAAGGGCCUCGAUGACACUGACUUUCUCAAUAAUAUGGACCCUUAUGCUAUCCUGAUAUGUCGUACUCAGGAGCAGAGAAGCAGUACCGCAACAGGCAAAGGGAGCGAGCCUGAAUGGAAUGAAACCUUUGUGUUCAAUGUCUCUGAUGAUGUUCCAGAACUUGCUAUCAAAUUGAUGGAUAGUGAUACUUUCUCAGAUGAUUUUGUUGGAGAAGCCAAAAUUCCCUUAGAGCCCCUCUUUUCAGAAGGAAGGAUACCUCCUACUGUAUACAAUGUGGUGAAGGAUGAGGAAUAUCGUGGAGAAAUUAAAAUUGGCCUCACCUUCAUUCCAGAGGAUAAUCACGGCAGGUAUAAUGAGGAGAACUUCGGUGGAUGGAGAGAAUAAUCUUGAAUCAGAUAAUCUCUGGGUCUUCAUUUCUGCCUCCCCUCUGAAGUUCUUUCUGAUUCUUGAUGUAAUACUCUCUAAACUUCUCAUAGAUGUUUUGGCAAAGCAGUUUCUAUAAA